GAUUUCCUGAGCAUGCCUAGGGAAUGACAGGCAUCUCCACAGGCAGGCUGCAUCCACCUUGGCCGGGUGGCGUCAUUGGCUGUCUAUUAGAAAAACUACAGGACAAUGCAUACCACGGCCCGCCGACUGUAAACAUAGGGGCUAUGCGUUCACUUAGCAUGGACUUGUGGGAGGGGCUAAGGAAGGACGGUCUGGAGUUUUAUUGAAUAGAGAGCAGUGUGGAUUAGGCUGCUGCCUGCCUGCCCUCUCGCUGCGCGCUCCUGCUUAAAGAAAUCAGCCCUUCCUUUCCGAUUCAGUCCUGGGGAGAAGUUUCAGCCUACAAGGUAUUGUUGAAACAGUUCAAGAGCAUCAAAUUGAAUUCCACAAGGACUGGUGAUCAACUGGAAGACUCCAACAUCUGGCUGCUUACCUAUCCAGACACUACCUGGUCUUCCUAAACCUGAAACUGCACCAUGGAUGAUUUUGAACGUCGCAGAGAACUUAGGAGGCAAAAGAGAGAGGAGAUGCGACUCGAAGCAGAAAGAAUCGCCUACCAGAGGAAUGAUGAUGACGAGGAAGAGGCGGCCCGGGAACGGCGCCGCAGAGCCCGGCAGGAAAGGCUGCGGCAGAAGCAAGAAGAGGAAGCCUUGGGACAGGUGACCGACCAGGUGGAGGUUAAUGCCCAGAACAGUGUGCCCGAUGAGGAGCCCAAGACAAGCACCACAAAUACCCAGGUGGAAGGUGAUGACGAGGCUGCCCUGCUGGAGCGCCUGGCUCGGCGAGAGGAAAGACGCCAGAAACGCCUUCAGGAAGCUCUGGAGCGGCAGAAGGAGUUUGACCCAACAGUAACCGAUGCUGGCCUGUCACUCCCAAGCAGGAGGAUGCAAAAUGACACGGCAGAAAACGCAGCUGCAGAGAAGGAAGAGAAAAGCAAAAGUCACCAAGAAAGAUAUGAGAUAGAGGAAACAGAAAUAGUCACCAAGUCCUACCAGAGGAAUGACUGGAGGGAUGCUGAAGAAAACAAGAAAGAAGAAAAGGACAAGGAGGAGGAGGAAGGGAAGCCAAAGCAGAGGAGCAGUGGAGAAAAUCAGGUAGAGGCGAUGGCAGAAGAGAAAUCAGAAAGCCAAGAGGAGACAGUGGUGAUGUCCUUGAAAAAUGGGCAGAUAGGUGCAGAAGAGCCCAAAUCAGAGGAGAGGGAACUAGGUUCAGAUGCAAUUCCCCAUAAUGCAAAGACAGAAGAGGAAGACAGGGCAAGAGCUGAGGCAGAAGAAAGGGAAAGAAUCAAAGCCGAGGAAGACAAAAAGAUAGCAGAUGAGCGAGCAAGAAUUGAAGCAGAAGAAAAAGCAGCUGCCCAAGAAAGAGAAAGGAGGGAGGCGGAGGAGAGGGAAAGGAGGGAAGCAGAGGAGNNNNAAAGGAGGGAGGCAGAGGAGAGAGAAAGGAGGGAGGCAGAGGAGAGAGAAAGGAGGGAGGCAGAGGAGAGAAAAAGGAGGGAGGCAGAGGAGAGAAAAAGGAGGGAGGCAGAGGAGGAGAAGGCUAAGAUAGAAGAGCAGAAACUCAACAAGCAGCUAGAAGAGAAAAGACAUAUAUUGCAAGAGACAAAGGUACAAGCAGGAAAGGUAGACGACAAAAGAGAUGGGAAGUGGGUAAAUGAAAAGAAAGUGCAAGAAGAUAAACUGCAGACAUCUGUCCUAAAGAAACAGGAAGAAGAAAGGGGAGCUAAAAUACAAGCCAAAAGAGACAAGUCCCAGGAAGACAAGCCCACCUUCAAAAAGGAAGAGAUCAAAGAUGAGAAGAUUAAAAAGGACAAAGAGCCCAAAGAAGAAAUUAAGAGCUUCAUGGAUCGAAAGAAAGGAUUUACAGAAGUGAAGGCACAGAAUGGGGAAUUCAUGACUCACAAACUUAAACAUGCUGAGAACACUUUCAGCCGCCCCGGAGGACGGCCCGCGGACGCCCGGGAGCCCGACGGCGCGCCCCAGGUGGAGGCUGGCAAGCGGCUGGAGGAGCUUCGCCGCCGCCGCGGAGAGACCGAGAGCGAGGAGUUCGAGAAGCUCAAACAGAAGCAGCAGGAGGCGGCCCAGGAGCUGGAGGAGCUGAAGAAAAAGAGGGAGGAGCGAAGGAAGGUCCUGGAGGAGGAGGAGCAGCGGAGGAGGCAGGAGGAGGCCGACCGCAAGGCGCGAGAGGAGGAAGAGAAGAGGAGACUAAAGGAAGAGAUUGAAAGGCGAAGGGCAGAAGCUGCUGAGAAACGCCAGAAGAUGCCAGAGGAUGGGCUAUCGGAUGACAAGAAGCCGUUCAAGUGUUUCACUCCUAAAGGUUCAUCUCUCAAGAUAGAAGAGCGAGCAGAAUUUUUGAAUAAGUCUGUGCAGAAAAGCAGUGGUGUCAAAUCAGCUCACCAAGCAGCAGUAGUCUCCAAGAUUGACAGCAGGCUGGAGCAGUAUACCAGCGCAAUUGAGGGAACAAAAACUGCCAGACCUCCGAAGCCAGCAGCCUCGGACCUUCCCGUUCCUGCGGAAGGUGUGCGGAACAUCAAGAGCAUGUGGGAGAAGGGCAAUGUCUUUUCAUCCCCGACUGCCGCGGGAACACCAAAUAAGGAAACUGCUGGCCUGAAAGUGGGGGUUUCCAGCCGUAUCAAUGAAUGGCUAACUAAAACCCCAGAUGGAAAUAAGUCGCCUGCUCCCAAACCUUCUGACUUGAGGCCAGGAGAUGUUUCCAGCAAGAGGAACCUCUGGGAAAAGCAAUCUGUGGAUAAGGUCACUUCCCCUACUAAGCAGGUUUGAGACAGUUCAAGGAAGAACCCACGCUCAAGACGCUGGACCAGCUCAGUUGUAGAGGGCUACUUUGCUCUGUUUUAUAUUUAUGUCAGUUUACUAAAGUGGUUUCCUUUUCUUUUGUUUUAUUUUUUCAAUAUCCCAGUAAACCCAUGUAUAUUAUCACUAUAUUUAAUAAUCACAGUCUAGAGAUAUUCAUGGUAAAAGUACUGCCUUUGCACGGGAGCCUGUUUCUAAAGAAAACCAUGCUGUGAAAUAGAGACUUUCUACUGAUCAUCACAACUCUAUGUCUGAACAGUGAUACCAACCACACCGACAUCGAUAAGAGGAGAUUCAAGUUUAAAAUUGCCUGCAGAAUGUGUGCAGUAUCUAGAAAAAUGAACCAUAGUUUUUGUUUUUUUAAAAAUACAGAAGUCAUAUUGUUUCUGCACUUUAUAAUAAAGCAUGGAAGAAAUUAUCUUAGUAGGCAAUUAAUUGUAACACUUGCUGAAAGUAACCGAUUUCAGAUCUGAUAUACUGCAAUAAUGAUUGUCUUUUUUAUAUAAAAAAAAAAGAUGUACUGUUAAGGUAUUACUUUUUUUCAUGCUAAAUUAGAUUAUUAUGUUAGCUGACAGUGGUACUGAUUUUUUUAGGUUGGUUGCUUUGUGGUUGGUAGUGAUAGUAGCCUGAACCACGUUUUAGAUAACCCAAUUAUGUAUGUAUGUAUGUGCAUACACGUAUACAAACACACUAAUGGUAGAAUGCUUUUUUAUGUGCUAGACUAUUAUAUUUCAUAGUAUGUCCUUGCAACUAGCCAAUAUCACCACUUUUAAAAAAUUAAAAAUCACAAUAUUAUAUUAUUUCAUAUUUGCCACUCGAAACAUGGCAGAUAGGUAUUAAUAUGUUUUCAAUGACCCACAACCUGUAAGGAAAAAGUAUUGAAAAAAAAGAAGAGUUAAGAAGUGUCAAAAUGAAUUGAAAUUUUCUCUAAGACAUAGUAUUUAGUUUAUACUUCAAGGCAAUCUUGAAGUCCAA